AUGCUCACUGUCCCCACUGCCUCCUUUUUGCUUCUAAGUGCCCUCUGUCCGCCUGUACAUGUCUUCGGCGCACGAGAGACCACCGCACCGCCAGGUUUCGGCAGUGCAGGUCCCGUUGUUGACAUGGUCCUCAGCUCAGUCCCUGGAUCGACAUCGGAAGUGAUCAACUACCCUGCUUGUGGCGGACAGGCGUCUUGCGGAGGCGUCAGCUAUGCGCAAUCGGUUAUUGACGGUGUGAAUGCCGUAGCUAGUCAGGUCAACACUUUCAACACAGAGUGUCCGAGUACGGUACUGGUCCUCAUUGGAUACUCCCAGGGAGGUCAGAUCUUCGACGACGGAUUUUGUGGAGGCGGGGACACCAACGAAGGGCUUACCAGCACCGCUAUUCCUAUAUCAACUGCUGCCCAGUCGAAAGUAGCAGCUGCGAUCUUCUUCGGUGAUCCUCGUCGCAUUCCCGGAGAAAGUUUCAACGUCGGAACUUGCGAGGCCUCAGGGUUCGCACCACGUCCAGCUGGUUUCCAGUGCCCAUUCGCGAGCCGGGUUCAGUCAUUCUGCGACGCUCCGGACCCGUUCUGCUGCAAUGGGGAUGAUCAGGCAGUCCACGAGGGAUAUGCGGCGGAGUAUGGUUCUCAGGCGCUUUCGUUCAUUCUCAAUCAGCUCAGUGCGUUUGGUGCAUGA